GGCAGAUAAAUAAACAAUCAUGGAUGAAGAUGAAAUAACAGAAAUCACAACCGAUGGAGACACCACCAAUACCAUCGCCAAAUAUGGGUCAACCUCACAAGCGUCGGAUGAAAAGCUGCUUGAACUGAACGAGAUCUAUGAAAUGAUAGGACUUGGUCCUGCACAAUAUCUUUACUGGACCUUAGUUGCUCUGGUGGCGUAUUCUGACUAUGCUGAAUUGACUGUUAUGGCAGUUAUUCUUCCUUCUUUGAGAUGUGAAUGGGGACUAACUGCAGGUUUUGAAGCAGCUAUCACAAUAUCAACGUAUGGCUCUUACGCACUGUUUGCAAUUAUGUUCGGGAAAGUUUCAGACAUAUACGGAAGGAAAACUGUGAUUCAAUGGUCGACACUUUUAUUGUUAUUUGCAGCAAUUGGUGGCGCCUUAUCGCCAAAUAAGUGGGUCUUUCUUGCAACUAGGUUGGUGACUGGUGCAUGCAUUGGUAUUAAUCUCAGCUGCAUAGUCUGCUACACCGCUGAGUUUGCUGAAAGCAAGUAUCGAGUCUAUGGAGUCCUAGGGUUUAUUUUUGGGGCACAUGGUAGCAUAGGAAUAGUCAGCGGAGUGGCAUUUCUAGUCCUAAACAAUGUUGGAUGGCAGUGGUUGAUCAUUAUUGUCUCAUUGCCUGCCAUCCCUGCUUUAAUCUUGAUUCUUGCUCUUCCUGAAUCCCCUCGAUUUCUUUGUGUCAGUGGACAACAGGAAAAAGCUAUGAAAGCUGUCAGGACCAUGGCCAAGCUAAACAGAAGAGAGUUACAAAAAGACAUACGAAUGGCCUGUUUUAAUGAUGAAAAAUUGGGGUCAUACACCAAAAUCUUGAACAAGGACAACAGAAAGUCAACCAUCGCCCUCUCCGUCAUGUACUUCUGCGACAUCUUCAUUGGGUUUGGCCUGAUAGUGUGGCUACCUCUCAUUUAUAGUGCUAACAUGUGCGGAGACGUUAAAACAGCACAACAUGAAAAUACAUGCCAAAGCUUGACCCAAGGUGAUCUCUUGAAGUUAACGAUUGCCACUGUAGCAAGUCUUUCGGGUUCAAUAGCGGCUGUGAUUUUAGUGCCACGCAUUGGCCGGCUCAUACCGAUGAGAGUGGCAACUUUUAUCAUGUUGCUAUCGAUAGCAACUCUCUUUGUUUGUGUUAACGAUUCGUUCACUUUUGCAACAACGAUAAUCGCUAAAAUUGUCGAGACCUUUGUGAAUACCACACUUUGGAUCAUGAUACCAGAAAGUUUCCCCACUUGCAUCCGAUCUACAGCAACUGGUUUCAUCAACAGUUGUGGAAAAAUAGGAGGCGUUUUCGGGACGGCGUGUGUCUAUUUAUUGUUCUAUGUGAGCCCCUACUCUGUGGUUGGUAUCUUUCUUUUCAUUUCUUUCGUUGGAUUUGUGGGGACAAUGGUGUACGAUAGGGAGACUAAGUAUGAGAUUCUCCAAGAGAAGUAAAAUAAAACAUUUUAGAGACUUUCAUUUUAUUUCAUUUCAAAUGAUAUUUAAUUUUGUUAAAGCUUUGAUCGCUCCAUGAGGGCUUGCAAGUAAAAACU